GAAGCGCAGCAGAGAAAAGAGUGCCAUUCGCUGAAGCUGAGGAGCGCCGUCAGUCAGAUGCUAGCGUUUAGGCUUGUCGCCGUCCCCAGGCAGCACCCGGUUCAUACGUUUCGCCGGACGAUGUGAGUUACUACAAGGAGUCACGAGCGCAGGAAGGCACUCGAUAGACUCGGAGUCGUUCGUAGACCGCGUAACCAUGAGAGAAUCUCAGGAAAUGGCCGCGUAACCAGGCACUCGAUCUGUAGCGUCGCGACCCUUUCUGAACUGGCUGACUGGAUUCGAGCCUCAGAUAGGAGGAUUCGAGUAAUAGUAGAAACCUCAGCUCGUACUCGGACUUAUCGGCGGGAAUCGAGGUCAAGCGGCACAGGAGCUCAUCGUCCAAGAGGGUCCCGUUUGAAACCUAGAUUUCCGAUUUUACGAAACAUGGCGAAGGUCGCCCCCGUCCCCGUUAUAUUUUCGAGGCUGGAGUACACAGCCAAGGACGAAUGCAUGCGGCAAAAAGCCGCGAGCACGUUUCUCGAUCUAGGCGACCCAGGCGGAGGCGGAGAGAAGCGCGCGGGCGCGCGGGGGGGAAGCUGCGGGGGAGACGCGGGAGGCGAGGAAUACGCGGAGGGUUCACGAAUUCCCUUAACGAAACGCGAGCUCUGGGGUUGGUACUCGUACAACGUGGCGGCGAACGCGUUCAGCGCCGUCGCCAUGCCGAUCUUCAUCCCACUGCUGCUGCUCCUGCUCGCAGACGAACAGGCCUGGAAAGACUCGGGCACCGCCAAGCCACCGCAGUGCACCGAUCUGAUAACCGCCGACUGCCUCCAGUGCGUGCCGGGGAAGGGGAACCAGCUGGUGACGUCAUCGGGGGAGUAUGCGGAGCUGGCGCAGCCGCGCGCGCAGCUCGGCGCGCUUAGCAUCAACCCCGUGUCGUACGCGACGAUCGUGAUUGGCGUGGCCGUGUGCUGUCAGAUAGUCGCGCUCGUGUCGCUGGGACCGUUCACCGACUAUGGCCGCGGCAGGAAGCAGAUGCUGAAGGUGGGAACGUGGAUGGGCGUGGCGGGCUGCUCCUCGCUGCUCCUCAUGCUUUCCUCCUCCCUCUGGUUACUCGCCGGCCUCCUCGUCAUCCUCGCCAGCGUCGGCUACGGCCUCGCCACCGUCAGCUACAACGGCUACCUGCCCCUCCUCGUGCACGCGUCCCCCGAAGUCCUAGCAGCAGAGGCGCGGGCCGUGGCCGCAGGCAACGAGGCAGCCGUCACAGCAGUCGCAGCCGUGGAAGCCACAGGCAAUGCGACAGCAGUCCCAGCUGCAGGCGACGAGCAAAGCGUGGCAGCAGCACGUGAGGAGGUGGAGAACCGGUACUCGCUCGUCGGGCUCGCGGCGGGGUGCCUGGCCGACAUCCCCAUCACACUCAUCGCCUUCGCGCUGACCCUCGUGUCGUCGGUAGACUCCGUCAAGAUGCGCGUCGCCACCGCCUUCUGCGGCCUCUGCUGGCUGCUCUUCGCCCUCCCCACCUUCCACUUCCUGCGCUCCCGGCCCGGCCCUCCCCUCCCGCUUCCCCCCGCCCCCACCUCUGGAGAUGGUGCGGGAGACGAGGAGGGGGGCAGGGAGGGGGGCUGCUGCUCUAGCUGUAGCAGGGCUUGCUGUGAUAGCAGCAAGAACGGCCAGACUUGCAUGACUUCCAAGGCUUGCAGCUACAGCUGGGGAUCGUGCUACAGGCGGGCACGCCUCUUUCUCGCCAUCGUUGGCGCGAGCUGGCAAGGCAUGGGGGCGACUCUAGCCGACGCGUACCACCACCACCGCAAUGCACUCAUUUUCAUCGCAUGCUACUUUGUAUACGCCGAUGGGUUCUCCACCAUCAUCCAAGUGGGGGUCAUCUUCGGCCAGCAGGACCUCUGCGUUCCGCCCGCUACCCUCGCCAUCCUCGCCACCUCCGUCUCCUUCUGGGCGGCGGCCGGAAUGCCGGUGGCCUAUCUCGUGCAGAGACGAACCAAGUGGAGCAACAAGACGAUGGCAAUGAUUGCACUGGGCGGCAUGCUACCGCUCCCCCUCUGGGGGCUGGUCGGCUACUUCACAGAUAGCUUCGGGUUGAAGCACACGUGGGAGCUGUUUGCGUAUGUGGGGUGGUUUGGGCUGUGCCUGGGCCCGCUGCUGAGCUACUCGCGCACGCUGUACGUGGAUCUGAUGCCCACUGGCAAGGAGGGCGCGUUCUUCGCCAUCUACACCAUCAGCGACAAGGGCAGCUCGUCCUUCGGCCCAUUCGUCGUUGCCAUCAUCGCUCAGGUUUCUGGCACGAUCCGGCCCACCUUUGUGUACAUAUUCCUGGUCAUGUUCAUACCCCUUAUAGUCGUCAUCUUCUGCCUCGACCACAAGCAAGGCAUUGAAGACGCGGGGCGCAACAGAGUUACAGCAACAAAAUCCCUGGAGGAUGGGGAGGAGGAGGCUCCUGCAUAUGGGGAUGAGUCAGACGUCCACUCUAGUGAUUCGGAAACUUUUCAUAACAGUCUAGGUAGUGAAGAUGCAGGGUAGGACAUGCCACAGCUAGUGACAUGUAGUAUGCUUAUUCUAUCCCUAUCUAGUCUGCAAGUUGGAAUACACCUUUGUCACCAUAGAAGAGGCAUAUGGAACUGUCACAAGGGU